AUGGAUCCCAAUCCAUUCCCUCCACCUGCAAGAGGCAGAAGAGGCAGAGGGGGGAACAACCCUUUUGUUAACAAUGACAAGAACAGGUUGGGGGCAAACUGGAGGAAUCAUCCAGAUCUAGAAGAGCAGGAAGAACACAGGGAGAAAGCUCUGCCCAGGCCAUGUAGGGCGGAGCCCGGGAUUGAUCAUGUCCAGCCAGAAGAUGGAUGA